AAAACUCCAGAUAAUCAAGGAAGGCUUUGACUUUUAAAAAAAAUCUUUUUAAAAAAACAGAUUUUAAUGUAUAAACUGUUGGAGCCCAAAACAGUGUUAUGUUGUUUAAGAAGAAGCCUUUCUGUAGCGGAAUAACCUUACUGUCCCAUAUCCUAUGUUUGUAUCUUUUAAAAAUGUUUGGUACAGAUGUGCAUUCCUUGAGGGAGUGGGGAGCACACAGCCUUCAAAGAAUGUGGAAAGAGUGUGUAAGAAGAUGGAGAAUUCACAAAAUGUUGGGGGCAUUGCUAUGAGGGAAAAGUUAGCAUUGCUGGCUUUAAGGGAAGAAUGCUCCAGUGCUUGAAUGUAUAGUGCAGAGCAUAGCCUAGAAAGGAUUAAAAACUUGUAUAAUAACUGUUGUUGUUUAGAAACCCAUUAACACUGCACAACUGUGAUAUCACAGGCAUAUCUAAUAGUGCCCAUGGCACGCAGCCAUGUUCUACAUAGUAUUCAAAAUUGCAAUUAUGUUCGCCUGGGAGAAAAAGCUUUCUUUUUUUGUUUUGUUUAGUUGCAGUAAGUUAUUACAGUUGUACUUCUGGGAAAAGUGGUAUUUCACACCAAGAACUAUUUUGUGGAAAUACAUCUGGAUCCUGUGCCAGAGAGGGCUUUUUCAGUUGUGGCCCCCACCCUGUGGAACUCCCUCCCAAAUGAUCUCCGCCAUGCCCCUUCCAUGAUGAGUUUUUGCUGGGCCUUGAAGACCCGGCUCUUCAUGCAGGCUUUUGGGGUGGACUAGAUUUUAUCUUCAUUGUUUUUAGAUUUUUAAUGUCUAGGUAUUGUAUGCCUAUUUUGUACAUCACCCAGAGUGGCUGAACAGCCAGCCAAACGGGCGACUAAUAAAUUCAAUAAAUAAAUAAAUAAAUAAAUAAUGUAACAACUUCACAAGUAGUAUGCAUAAAGCAAACCCCAUUUGGAAGCACCAUUAGCUACAGGGACUGCUUCUCUCUCACCAGAUGUUUUCCAAAAGGUCCAGCUCUAUAUAUGACAUUAUGUCCUUUGGAACAUUUUUGCCCAAGGUAGAGUGACAAACUCAUGGGUCAUAGAUCCUCAUGUUGAGUUGUCCUGACAGAUUGGUAUGCAGAUCCUUUCAUUUCAUGUUCAACUUACAGAUGAUGCCAACGCAGGAUAAAUACAUCAUGUGAUUUUUCUCAUCUAUUUUGCUGUUGCGAUCAUUCAUUGUUGCUGUUGAAGCAAACCUGCCACAAAUAUUUUUUUGAAUGCAGUGCUCUGCAUUAUUUAUAAUUUGCAUUCCACUACAAUUCACAAGGGGCUAAUUGUUGUUUGGACAUAUAGUUUAGCCCUGACCAAUUUCCUCAGUUUGAGCUCUGUCGAUAGACAAUGGUCUGAAAGGAUCACAGGGCUGAUCCAAGUCUGAGGAAGGCUUUGGUCCUGUUUUUUUUUUUUAAUUUUCUGGCUGCACCAUCGCAUGCAGUCACACUGUCUGGCAGAAUUUUGCUAAUGGGUGAAGACAUCUUUGAGGGUAGUUUGUGAGUUUGGUUUACAUGUAAAAUGUUUGGAGAGGAAAAUGGGGGAAGGGAGAUUGGAUGCACAAGUGGGCUGGAUGUUUAGGGUGACUGGUGUGUUUCAGUAUCAGGUUACAGCACCAUGGACUCCAAAGUUCCUCUUCUUGUAGAAACAGUGGAUGCAUCAGUUUUAUGUAGACAAUUGAUUUCAUCGAAUGGGCAUGGCCGUCCCUUAAGGACCAUUAUUCUUCUUCCAUCAAUGAUACUAUGUGAGAUGGGUGUGUUCCCUCCAUGGCUCUGAAAGGCAUUCUAAUAAAAAGAUAAAUUUCCUCAUUGCAAUCUUGGGCUUUGGGUGUUCCUUAUUCUGGGAAGAGAUUUAAAGCUGUCUGCCAGACCCGUGGGCUGUUAAAACAAGACAGUGCCACAAUGCUGAGCUCAGGCCUGCAAAUUCCCCCCCUCCUCCUCCUCCUCCUCCUGUUGCUCACAGCGAUGGAGCUGAGCUGGUCCUUUACAAAUGAGGACAAGAAGCUGAUUGUGGACCUGCACAAUCAGUAUCGUUCUCAGGUUUCCCCUCCAGCUGCAGACAUGCUGAAAAUGAGCUGGGAUUCAGAACUGGAAGCCUUUGCCAAAGACUAUGCAAUGAAAUGCAUUUGGGAACACAACAAGGAGCGGGGCCGGCGAGGCGAGAACCUCUUUGCUAUGUCUGGCAAUCUGGAUUUGAAGACAGCAGUGGAAAACUGGUACAGUGAGUACCAGUAUUACAAUAUGACCACAUCAACCUGUGAAGAGGGGCAGAUGUGUGGUCACUAUACACAGGUGGUCUGGGCAAACAGUGAGCGUGUUGGCUGCGGGACGGUGUUCUGUGAAACCCUGGAAGCUCUGAAUGACACUGACUUGCAUUUGGUCGUCUGCAACUAUGAGCCCCCGGGGAAUGUAAAAGGACGCAAACCAUAUAAGGAAGGAGCUCCAUGUUCCAUGUGCCCAGAUGGCUAUUUCUGUAAGGAUUCUCUCUGUGAAUCCAAUGUUGACGUUGGAGAAACCACCACAUCCCCUAUGCCCACAGGCAUGGAGCCAACUGUUGACCUGACUGCUGCAAGCCCAGCUUUGCAAAGCACCCCAGCAGGUUCAGCACCAGAAAGUCCCCAAACUGUCAUAGACGCAGAAUCCAAAUCCACCACUGUUGAAGGGCCAGUCUCCUCUCUAGAGCCAACUUCAGACCAGGACCUUACAGUACCUCCAGAAUUACAGACAAACUCAGAUGGGGCUGUUUCCUCUUUGCUGACAACAGGAAUUAUGUCUCUCCUGGACUUGACUCUUAGUCCUGCCUCCCCAGAAACAAGAACUAAACAAGCCACUUCCUCAGAAUUUCCUUCAUCUACACCCAAAGCCAACAUGAAGCAUUUUGAGCCACCUCUAACUCCCCUCCCACCAGUGCACUCUACCCCAAAGUCACCCUCCAUCCCUAAACCACCCUCCAUCCCUAAACCCCCUUCUAAGGCUAAACCUUCACCCAGCCCUAAACCUCUCUCAAUCCCUAAGCAUCCCUUGUUCUCUAAGCUACCUGCCCCAAAGAAGCCUUCCAUCUCUAAAACACCCGCACGCCAUCGCUUGUCAGCUUACUCCAAAGCAAUAAAAAGGCACAGUGAUGCUGUUCAGGCCUCUGUAGACAAGGCAGCUGUUCAGGCUUCUGCAGGUAAGGCAUCUGCAAUGUCUGUCUGCCUGCCCUGCCUUGGAUGUAAACAAAUUAGCCAACCGGAAGAAAUAAAGACUGCACUUAAAGAGCUGACUUUCCGAUACCCCUAUGCACCAUGCUUUUCCCCUCUUCCCCGAUGGCAGAGGCAUAGCAAGUGCAGUUCGUGUGGGCACACUUGGGGCAAUGCACUUAGGAAGAACAGGCCUUAUUGGCUCAACAGUUUAUAGCAGUACUUAAUCCAAUAUAUUUAUAUGUGUAUGUUUGUCCAUGUUCAUGCAUGUGUAUUUUCCUUUCUGAACUUUUUGUGAGUUUGUCUGUUUACUGGGAAUAGCACUGUAGCAAGUCCAGUGGCUGAAAAUUCUGUAGACUGUAGUACAAAGGUUGCCUAAACAAGGGGGAUUGCAACAAUGCUCUAGGGGAUUGUUGGGAAAUGUAAUUUAUUUCCGCAGCCCCAUGUUUUAUCCAGAUCAGGAAUGUGGGGCAUAUCUGAUUUCCUUUCCUACUUUCCUUCCCUGUAAGCUUUGCUAGAAUCAAAGUGUAGUAGUACCAGAGCCUAAGCAUGGCAGACUAUUACACGUGGAGGACUCCACAAUUAUCAAUAUCAUCCUCCCUCUAUCUGUGCACUGCAUCACUGAUGAGGGCCAUAUUUAUUUGCAGGGCUAUGUCUGCUAGCCUUUCCCAGACUUCCUAUUCUUCUUGUAAGUUGGGGACAAGGAAUUCCAUGCCCUCACUGCAUUUUUCAUUGUCAACCCAUUCUUUGACCAAAAAUGCUUGUAAAAACCUGGUUCUUGAAAAUUUGGAUGAUGCAAAAACCUUGAUCUUGAAAACAGAACAAGCUAUGCAAGUUAAGUAAAUACAUGCAAAUCUACUGAAUCUUUUUAGCUGAUUCCAAAAGACGAAUGUGUGUUUUCUUGGUAUAGACUCAGGCUUUGUGCCCCAGAAUUUAUCAAAUUGAUCAUGCCCAUUAGAAAUGUAAGGCGAACUGAUAUGGCUUGUUUGUAAGGAGUGAUGCGGAGAAAAUGAAUGACUGAUUAGGGAGACUGAUGUGAGCCUCUAUAGAAACAUUUGUGUGCAAGAGCAACAUUAAUACAUAAGGUGGAUGUGGAUGAAAUAUUUGUGUAUGAAAGUGAAGUGACAGCCUCUGUAUGUGUGUUUGGUAGGUCUUCAACUCUCAAUUAUGGAAGAUCUUUCUUCCAUCAGAACUCUACAUCACAAAGUAUUUUGAUCAAGCAGCAUUAUUAGGCGCCUGCUAGCCUGUUCACUUGUUCUGGGCCAUAUAGGUAUUGAUAACGUUAGUCCCCUCUCUCCACCAUUAUUGUCACUCCUUCUACCUCCUGACAGGAAUAUAGGAAGCUGCCUUAUACCCAGAGCUUGGAAAAGUUACUGUUUAAAACUACAGCUCCCAUCAGCCCCAGCCAGCAUGGCCACUGGAUUGGGCUGAUGGGAGUUGUAGUUCAAAAAAGUAACUUUUCCAAGCUCUGCUUAUACCAAAUCAGGCUAUUGGUCCAUCUAGCUCAGUAUUGUCUACACACUGAUCAGUAGCAGCUCUCCAGAGUUUUAGAUGGGGACAUUCCCAGCCCUAUCUGGAGAUUUGGUGGGAAUAACUUGGGACCUGAUGCAUGCAAAGCAGAUGAUCCACCACUGAGCUAUGGCCCUUCCCCUUCAGAGGGCUUGUUUGCAUAGGCCAGCUUUGCAUAUCAGGGAUCUGUAUUAGGCUGGAUAUCCACUUUAACUGCAUCUUUAGCUUUGUACACGUGCUUUAGUUGCAUGAUGUAUCCCUUCUUGUUUCUGUUACAUGGAACCAGGGCAGGUCCCCCCUCUCCUGAGCUGAUCUGUGAUAUCUCUUAGGUUUUUUAAAAAAAAAUACAAUCAGAUGCCAGCGGUACUGAAGAUCUGCUGAUUGACCCACCCGGGAAACAUUCUGAGCAAUCCAUACUUUCAGACAGCAGCUGUUUUUGCUGUCCUCUUUUUUUGUUCCUGGGUACUCCCAUUCUGAUAAGACUUCUCCUCUAAAGGCUGCUUUGUACUUAAAUUUGCUCCUGUUUUCCAUUCUAUUAUGAUGGCCAUGGUUUGUUACAUCAUCCUGCUGUGUUUGGGGUGCAAGUAAGAUAAAGAAAGGUGACACUCUCCUAUGGGUCUUCUUACUCACCCUGACCAUCUGUGGCCACUAGUUAGAAUAUAAAUGUAGGAAGCUGCCCUAUAUCAGGUCAGAUUAUCUAUAUCAGGCCAGAUUAUCUAGCCCAGAACUAUAUCCUUGGACUAGCAGUGGUGCUCAGAUAAGUCUUUCGUAUCACCUGCUACCUGAUUAUUAUUUUUAAUGGAGAUGCCAGGAUUGAACCUAACAUUUUCUGCAUGCAAAGCAUGUGAUAUACUCUAAAGAAGGGUAUGAUCACUCUCAAUAAAAAUGCCUGGAAUAUCUGCCAGAGCACCUACUUCUUGACAACUAGCCUCAAGUGUGACAGUAUGAGUGUGUGUGUGCAUAUGUAAAUGAAGGAGGUGGAAUCAUUUAUAUAACUCUGAUUCACACAGCCAUUUUUAACAGUUGCUACUAUUGGUUGAAACAUGAUUGUGUGAGACAUGGCUUCUUGAAGUUCAGCAAAUUGACAGAGCUUUCUUAUCAUGAGUGCUGUGCAAUAUACAAAAAUGUGUUGCUUGAUAACUGACUAGCAUCUCAGCCAGGUGUGUAAAUAGGCUUUCAGCUUAUCCCUAAGUUCAACCUGAACUACUUGACAAUACUGGAAUGCAAUAGUAUGCAUAUUUAGUUGGAUGUAUACUCCACCAAUUUCAACUUAGCUUGCUUUCCGAGUAAUUGUACACAGAGCCAUUUAUGCUGUCGUAGCUACAGCACCAUUAUUUGCUUGGCUAUUUUGGUCUACAGAGUCUGUCUCUCAUUUGCAGCCCCCUAAAGCAAAGGCAAGGACCCUAUGGCUUUCCAGAUGUUGUUGGACUCCAACUCCAAUCAGCCCCAGACAGCAUGGCCAAUGGUCAGGGAGAAUGGGAACUGUAGUCCAGCAACAACUGGAGAGCCACAGGUCCCCCUUCUCUUCCCUAAAAAAAGAUUACUAGCAAGGUCAAUGUGCUGACAAAACUAACUCUCUAGUAGCUGAAAUGACACAUGGAUGAGUUUUUCACCAACUGUGUACUCAAACCAUGCAUUAGGUUUGUCCUGGGUCAUUGUGCUAUAUUGAUAUUAUCUGUAGCUGGUAUAUUAGAGUCAAACAAAGAAGAAUAAUUUAAGACAAUAUAAUAAAUCAGGAUAAAA